AUGGGCCUUUUGGAGAAAGUUCUACAAGGAAAAAAUUUUGAUCCUCGUUGGAUUUCUUGGAUGAGGGGUUGUGUUUCUAACCCAAAAUUCUCUAUUUUUAUUAGUGGAAGGCCUAGAGGUAGAAUUAAGACUACAAGAGGCAUUAGACAAGGAGAUCCAUUUUCUCCUUUUCUAUUCCUAUUAGUCAGCGAGGUUCUAAGUGGGCUGAUUGCAAGGCUGCACGAAAAAGGGAAAUAUGAAGGCUUUCUUGUGGGGAAAGAUAAGGUGCAUAUAUCCAUUAUUCAGUUCGUUGGCGACACCUUGUUAUUUUGCAAAUAUGGUGAUGAAAUGAUUGAAAAUUUAAGAACUAUCGAGAUCUUUGAAUGGUGUUCCAGCCAAAAGGUGAAUUGGGAAAAAUCUGCAAUUUGUGGGAUCAAUAUAGAGGAGAACAAGAUGCUUUCAGUAGCGGCACAACUUAAUUGUAAAGUGAAGCAUUUACCGUUGAUGUAUCUUGGUUUACCAUUGGGAGGAUAUCCCAAAAAUGUGUCAUUUUGGCAACCGGUAAUUGACAAGCUGCAAGGAAAGCUAGAUAAAUGGAGAAGAUUUAACUUAUCUAGAGGAGGGAAGGCCACUCUAUGUAAGUCCGUUCAUUCAAACUUACCUACCUACUACUUAUCCUUGUUUUUGUUGCCAGAAAAAGUGCUCGGUAUUAUGGAAAGAACCAUGAAGAAUUUUUUCUGGGAAGGUCACAAAGGAGGGAAGAUCAAUCACUUAGUAAAAUGGGAGCUUGUCACUAAGGCACAAGAGGAUGGAGGGCUUGGCCUUGGUGGACUAAGAGCAAGAAAUCUGGCUUUCCUAGCCAAAUGGGGAUGGCGGCUAUUACACAAUGAAAAUACUCUUUGGAGUAAAGUAGUAAAGAGUAUCCAUAGAAGAGACAUGUUCGAUUGGCAUACCUCUGGAAAAGUAAGUCUCAACCUUCGCAGCUCAUGGAUAAGUAUUUCAAGAUCUUGGCUAAAGGUAGAAGCUUUGGCAGUUUAUAAACUUGGAAAUGGGAGCAGAAUUGCAUUCGGGUCUGAUCCUUGGUCAGAUAAUACUCCAUUAUAG